AUGAGCGCGACCCCUGCGGUGUCUGACGUGGCCGGCCCGAACGACGCCGCUACGAAACUGGCCGAAGCCAUCGACGAUUUCCUGGGUGACCUCGAGAAGAAGUUCAAAGGGAUCAGUGACGAGAUCUUGACAAAGCGUGAGUUUGGAUCCCGAGGGCUCUUACGUGGCCAUUGUUUGGGAACCCGGCUGCCGUGGGGUACGUUGCUGAUGCGGUAA